AUGUUUAAUAGAGUGUCACAGAGAAGCAUAGGGUUACGUGUGAGAAGUUUCAACAGAACUUUACUGACUCCUGUAGCUCCUCAAAAAAAGGGAUUUUUCAGACGAGCAUGGAGGACAACGAAGAUUGUUACAUUGCUAGGAGUUCUUGGUGCUAGUGGACUGCUUGCCUACAAGGUAUAUAAUGAAUCGCACCCUUCGGAACAAAUGAAGCAGGUUCCAUUCUUCGAAAAUGGACAGAAAAAGAAAACUCUUGUGAUCUUGGGUUCAGGCUGGGGAUCGAUUUCAUUAUUGAAAAAUUUGGAUACUUCAUUGUACAAUGUGGUUGUGGUUUCGCCCCGUAACUAUUUUCUUUUCACUCCUUUAUUGCCAUCUGUUCCGACUGGAACUGUUGACGUGAGAUCGAUUAUCGAGCCAGUGAGAUUUAUUACAAAGAAAUUACCAGCUGAAGUGAUCUACUUGGAGGCAGAAGCUACGGACAUAGAUCCCUUGAAUAAGAAAGUAACUAUCAAGCAAUCAACGACUGUAAAUUCUGGUCAUUCUGGAAAGGACUCUGGCUCUACUAAAUCUACAGCAUCAGAAUAUGGUUUGGAAGAAAUUAUAACUUCGCUCAAUUAUGACUAUUUAGUGGUUGGUGUAGGUGCCCAGCCUUCGACAUUUGGAAUUCCAGGUGUCGCUGAACAUGCAACAUUCUUUAAGGAAAUCAGCGACUCUACUAACAUUAGAAAGAGGUUCAUGGAUCUCAUUGAAGCUGCUAAUAUAUUGCCUAAAGGUGACGCUGAAAGAAAGAGGUUGUUAUCAAUUGUCGUCUGUGGUGGUGGUCCAACAGGUGUUGAAUUCGCUGGUGAGAUGCAAGAUUAUAUUGACCAAGAUUUGAAGAAAUGGAUGCCUGAAAUUGCCUCCGAGUUGAAAGUUACACUUGUUGAAGCUUUGCCAAAUGUUUUGAACUCUUUUAAUGAGAAGCUUGUCGAAUACACUCAACAGGUCUUCAAAGAUACUAAUAUUGACUUGAAAACCAAUACUAUGAUUAAGAAACUUGAUGAAAAAGUUGCUUAUGCCCAAACAAAGGGUAAGGAUGGAUCUACACAGAUGAUUGAAUUGCCGUAUGGUUUAUUGGUUUGGGCAACAGGAAAUGCACCAAGAUCAGUCGUCCAGGGUUUGUACUCCAAGAUUGAAGAGCAGAAGAAUGCAAGAAGAGGUUUGUUAGUUGACGAAAGAAUGUUGGUCGAUGGUACUGACAACAUAUAUGCUUUGGGUGAUUGCACCUUUACCAAGUAUGCACCAACAGCUCAAGUUGCGUUCCAAGAAGGUGAGUUUUUGGCCAAACAUUUUUCUAGGUUACAUGAAAUGGAGGCAAUAAAGUUUACAUUGGAACAUCCUACGGCAAGUGAUAAUACUGAAAGAUUAUCGAAGAAGUUGGACAGAUUGCAACAGAAGUUACCAAUCUUUCAAUACAACCAUCAAGGUUCUUUGGCUUACAUUGGUUCGGAGAGAGCAGUCGCCGAUUUAGUCUGGCACGGAUGGUCUAAUGUGACAACUGGUGGUACUCUUACCUUCUUGUUCUGGAGAUCUGCCUAUAUUUACAUGUGUCUUUCCGUUAAAAACCAAAUAUUAGUUUGUUUGGAUUGGAUUAAGGUUUCAUUAUUUGGUAGAGAUUGCUCCAAAGAGUAA